CUAUAUAUAUAUAUCUAUAUAUAUAAAAUAUUACUGGAAUAUUCUGCAGUAGAGAAGAAACCUCGACGAAGAUUGGAGCACCAACUCCAUGAAACACGAUGAUGUAAAUCUCUUUUUUGAUCGAAUAAUAAUUUGAUUUUAUAUAAUUAUCUCUCUGUGUUCUAAGCUCCUGGAUACAGAGAAUACUUAAUCGUCUAAACCAAGUUGAAGUUCUCCGAGGGGAUUAAGAAAGAAAACCCUGGAGGAACAACUCCGAGGAGAUUAGGAAAGAAAACCCUGGAGGAACAACUCCGAGGGGAUUAAGAAAGAAAACCCUGGAGGAACAAGUUCCCUGAAGAGAAUAUUAAGAAUCUGGAAAAACAAUAUAACAGAAACAGGAGGUAUAAACAAAUAAACAAGAGGUUUGGACAUAAAACAGGAGUAAUUCAAGUAUAAAAAGGAAUUCUUUCCGCAGAAACAUGAGUUCUUGACGUAGAAAAAGGAGGUCAUGACAUAAAAACAGGAGUCCUUGAAAUGUAAACAGGAGUUCUUGACAAAUAAACAAAAGCUCUAAAUGAUGAAAGAUGAGUUCUCUACAAAGAAGAAUCAGGAACUAAUUAAGUAAAACAGGAGGUGGCACAUGCAUACAGGAACUUUAUAGCUCAUGAAACAGGAUUCAGAGCUAGUGUGAAGUUUUAGUUUGAAAAGGUUUAUAUGAGAAACCAGUAAAGACCAUUAUGCUAGAAGAGAAAUACCAAGCAUCGUGAAUUCCAUAAUGAUAUUGUUAGAACAUUCAAAAUUUGAUAAAAAUUGACCUCUUUCAAUAUAAAGAAGGUCAAUCUAACCUCAAGAACAGGACUGUGAAACUUCACAUUGCAAAAGAAUGUGUGUGUAUAUACUGGUUUCCAAGUUGACCCUUUUGCUCCUGGUUCAGACCAAGUUUUUGGCCGGUCAUCUUUAUAAGUCAGAUCAGGAGCAUAUGCAGACGAUGAGAGAGUUCAGUGAAUCACCAGGUCUUAUGGUUUCAUUUACUCAGAGAAUAGUAUCGGGAGAGUUCUUUCUGGGAUUCCAUGGAUGGGAUAGAAUGAAUAGAAAGUACGGGGUCUCCAAUAUAACUUAUAUAGUUAGAAUUGAAUUCGACCGGUGGACCUAUAGGCGCAAUCGGCUUGAAAAAACAUACCAUAGAUUUUGGAUUCCAGGAACGGUUUGGGUGAACAAAAUUGAGAUAGGAAAACAUUAUUACAAUAGUAAAUUCAACUAUACACGGUCUAGAAAUACAAGUGUAAUUGAUCUUUGGGUUGAACCAAUUUGUUUUCUUAAAAACCAUGGAGUUUCAAGAAUAUACAGGGUAACACGAACUCUGAGAAUGCAUGUGUACAAUCUACGGUGGUUGGCUAAACUUAACUUUAAUCCACUGGAGAACUACGGAACUAGAGAACUAAAACAGUUUGGGAAGUUUUUAACCCAGCAGGCUGGGGUAAACUGUGCUUGGCUGUAUCCCAGUGCUUCUGAAGGAGUUUCUCUACUAGUAAAAUUCAGCAGGGAUAACACUAUACGAGGGAAAAGAUUUUUCAGCCCUGAAGGUUUUCACAACUGGGACGAUCUGAAUGACGAAUAUCAAGUCCGAAAUAUCGCUUACCUAAACGGUUGGAGAAGAGCUGUUGUAGAGUUAGCUGAUGGGCUUCAUUGUAAGAGUUCUAUGCAUGAUGUUGGAUUAAAGUAUAAAAAGAUAACUGGUAUAUCUGCCGUAUAUCGGGAUGAGUAUAAGAAUUGUCGAAUGACUUUCCGUCUCCUGGUGAAGUUUGAUCGUCGGUCCAUGACCCCUGCCGGUAUUCAUUUCUACAAUGAUUGGAGUUCGCUAAACUACAUGUACGGUGUUGUAAAUACAUCAUACCACGAGGACCAGCAACUCAUUGCUCAUCUGGAGUUUGAACCAGGACUUUAUACGAAUCAACAAAUGAAAAUUUUCGGUCGAACGGAAAGAAAAGUAUAA